AUGUUCCCUCCAAUGGACCAGCUGGCGGCAUCUAAGAAGUCACUCGCUGAUUUGGAGCACAACGCAACCAUUCCACCUGGGUGGAGGAACUGUGGUGCCAUAUUGUCCAACCUAAUUAGCAUCGUGCUUGGUAUCACUGGCUCGAGUGCAUUAGCCUCUUUUUAUAGCGUUCAAGGCUUGUUUGACACACUCCAGAUCUUCGCACUCAUCUUGAGCACACUUGCGUCGCAUCAGGGCUCUACAGAAGAACGAUGGCGGACGGUCUUCCUUGUGAAGAUACCGAAUGUCCUUGCACUAAACUUUGGGACAUCGCUGACCGAGUCGCUUGUAUUACUGGUCGUCCUCAUGACCAUUGCCGCAGUGCUGCUUUUAUACUUCUGGCGUGUAACUCGUCUAUGCUAUGGGGUUCGAGUCUCGGAGGGACAACAACCCAUGGACUACCCCAAGAAUACCUGGCUGGUCAUUAUCGUCAGUUUUCUGUUGACAGUUAUCUACUUGCCGAUCAGCACACUGGCGGUUCACGUUCUCGUCUGGUCUGACGAUCUUUGGGUGGUCCCGAAUCCCUACACAAACGCGACUACCAACCCGCCGUCUGUCUCACCACUAGGCCCAUCUGACGAGUAUCGCGCCCCAUUGGACUUCUGUUACACGACUACCAUGCAGUUAAACGAAAUCAAUUACGCGCCUGUGAUCGUGAUAAUUGCCGUUGUCUGCUUUUUCGGGGUCGGUCUCAUCUGGUUCCCUGUCCAUUUGUACAAAACCAUCAACAGGGUCGUGCCGGUCGUCGACCCAUACACCGGACUUGGGGUUCCAAGGAGCAAGAGCGAUAUGGAUCGCGAAUAUCAGCGUUUGUUGAACCGCGACCCGAAUCCGUUGUCUUUUCUGUAUGGUGGGUUCCGGAGGGGAUGGGGCAGCUACGAAUCGAUAUUUCUGAUGGCGAAAUUAACGACCUUGCUUGUGACCGCCGUGAUCGACCCUGGCAACUGCCUCUUCCGGACAUACUCACAGAAUAAAAUCGCUGUGGCUCGCCAAAUUGUGCUCCUUAUCUCCAUGCUGGCAUAUUUCAUUCUCCAGUGCAUCUAUGCACCUUUCUUGGACCCUGUCAACAACGCCUCCGAAUGGACAUCGCGGAUGAACUACGUCCUGACAUCGGCUGUUGCGCUGGGCGUAGCACUCAAUAUACCCGGAAAGGAUAUUUUGAAUGGGGUAGUGAUUUAUGUGAUUUACAUCGUUACUUAUGGCCUUAGCAUAUAUUUCACUAUAAUCGACAUGGAUUUCAUGCGUCGUCUUGUUAAACGCCUAGCUCGUCGAAUAGAUUUCAGCAUUGAUAUAUUUUCACCACGGAUUGACUUAUCGCCUGCAUGCCCACACACGAGGAGACGGAUCUGGCAGGAAGCUAUUAUCACACUUUUCUUGACAAGCCCGGAAUGCGAGAUACCCCACACACAACGCAUGGCGUUCAAACAAGCCAGAGAUAGUGAAUACCCACCAUAUCUAUUGGACUUCGCCGGGUCCCCCGGGGAACGAAUAGUGGAGAACCUGAAGAUCCUUCGCGACGUUGGAUCACAUGCUUAUCACAGAGCCGUGAGCUUGACCGCUGGACCUGACAAGGAACGAUUCCACCGUGUGGCAAUGACCAUCCAGGACCACUUCGUUGGUCCUGAUUGUUAUUGGAGGCCUCCUACUGAGCCAGUACCCCAGAGCUCCCAUUUCUUUGGAAACGCGUGGUGGAUUCCUUUCCCUCCUACUCUGGUCAUCCGAUAUGAUGAUGGCCCCAUGAAAGUACUGCAAGAUCUAGCCGAUCUGGAAUUGUACGUUGUUCAAAACUCGAGCAAGCACAUUCAACGCAAGCACCAGAUUCGACUUGCGUUACGUGCGCUAGACGGCCAAGUCGUGAUUUGGCCAUAUGAUCAUACGCAUUAUGUCGGCAGUCGUGAUGCUUUUUGCUGCUGUUGCCAACGCUAUGGUGCGAAAACGGUCACUCACUACGAGACUUGUACUCUACGCAUCAAACGUCACGGUAAACUGCUCUGGGAAGGGAUUGACCUUGGGAGCGGCUUUGAUCUAGAGCUAACCUAUGAUAAGGACGUGAAGGCGAAUGGCUCCCUGAUUGGCCUUACGGAUGACUUUGAUCUCACGCAGUCCCUCGCGCGUUUCCUAGUCAUGAAUCAGCUCCUCAUUGCCGACCGUCUCUCCUAUCUCGAGGCCAUCCUCCGGAGCUAUCGCCAUCAUAGCCGCCGGAAGUGCCAGUGGAAACUAGAUACCUUGACAUAUCGGUUCCUGAUGGCGGUCUACAAUCAUCCUCAGCAGAUGUCGCAAGUGACACAGGUCGUCGUUGAUCUUGAGAGAGACCAGCGGGUCCGCGAGCUCUUCGUGAAUAACGAGCUUGCUGUGCGGAUCACUUACGAGCGGUUCGCCGCGGUGUCUCGGUCAGAGCUCGCUACGUGGUGGUACAUCUUCUGGGACGAUCUAUGGAGGCGGAACUAUGACACGAUCAGCGCGCUGAACAAGCAUGCGUCUGACUUCAACCCGCACUACCCCACGUCCAUUGCCUAUACACCGCUCCCACGAGCCGCACUGGAAGCAUUCCUGACACAGCGCGGGCUGCUGCACAAGAAACCGAAAUGGGACGACUUCUUCGAUGCAGGUUUUUUGAACAAGAUGUACUUGCGCAUGAACGACAUCGUUUUCCACGGUUCCUUCAAGGCAAACGUCCUUCAUCUGGGCGAUGACUAUUCCGACCUCGACAUGGAAGAGGUUAACGAACGGACGUUGAUGCAGCCAUCUACACUCGGUACAGGAGCCGGCACUGAUUACGACGACGCCACUAUUCGGGCGCGGCCGGUUUACCGAUGGGAGGGAAUCUUGGACGAUUCUUUACGGAAACGGAAAGCGAAACAUCGACAAUUCUUCGCUAAGCUGGCGGUUUGGUUUGGAGUGAGUCCGUUCUGGCGGUCUGGUCCGCCGUCACAAGGCCUGGCACUCGACGCUCAGCUGGCGGACGGCUGGUAUGUAUUGUUGGACGGUGAAGCAACCAUACCAUCAGAGUCGACGAAAUUUAAUGUAUAGACAAAGUAAUGAUUUACGACCAUGGUGACAAUCACUACACACCGCUAUUUU